CAUUAGAUAUGCAUAAACAUUUCGACCAAUCGGAUCCUUCACUCUUCGGUGGACGAGCCAAGGUGAUCGCUACGAAAUGCGUCGGUUAAAGCCCGUUUUCUUAGAUGUGAAGAAUAUUGGGCGCGAUGGAAAGAAAACCACCGUAUCGAUUCUGCUGAGAGUGGAUCUUGGGAAGCAGCCUGAUAAGAGUACGGAGGAAAAUAGUCAGGACACCAACAGUCCAGUAGAACAAGAUGUCCCUCUUGGCGAUCUCGAUAAGCAGGAACUCUCAACUCAACAGCAAAAUCGCGUUUUGAGUAUCUCUGCUAACUGGGAAAAGGUACGGGAAAAGUUGCUGAAUUCGUACAUUGAAGAACAGCAUCUCCCAGACAAUGUGAACUGUGUGAACUGUCAAAAGAGUAUCGCUACAACAAGAUGUGAGUACUGUGGCCCUCGCCAGUACUUUUGUGUUGGAUGUGCACGAGCUCUACAUGUCAAUCGAAACAAGUUUCAUGUUCUUGAGCAAUGGAAGGAUGGGGUAUUUUCUCCUUUGUAUGCAGACGAGGCAACUGUUAGCUAUGGCCAUACGUGCAGAACCGCAGCAGUAAAGCUGUUCAGACUUCUGGAUGCCUCAGGAAAUCAUCACCUCAAAUAUGUACAAGUGUGUGAUUGUGAGCCGCAUGCUGUCACACUCUUGAAAUGCCAGUUCUGGCCAGGGUCACUAGCAAAUCCCACCACAGGAUUCAGCUUCAAACUGAUGGAGUUUGUGGAGAAGGUCUUUCUUCAUUGUCAAGUGUCCCUGCUAAACAUCACAGAAGUGAUCACAGAACUCAAUCCUCAGCUACAGCCAACACAUGUGAGCUCAAUUUACAGUAUCCUUAAUUCAGAAUGCUUUGAAGAAUUCAG